AUGUCAAGGUAUGUUGUGCUCUAUUUCAAUUAUGAUGGCUAUGGCUUUACGGGUGAUUGGGAAAAAUAUGCAGAAAGCGGAACACAGAUAUAUUUUUUGAUAUUCAACGCAUCAAUCAUGUUCUCUGAACUCUUAGUCUAUGCGAUCAUUCUCUUCAAACUCAUCACAACAGAGAAGGUUCACGCGGGAGUUGUGAUAAAGCGUUCAAGUGCUGCGAAUACAACGCAAGAAACAGUGCGAUUCUCGGUGCAUCCAUCAAAUCAGGCUCGAAAAGCCAUUGAGAGGAGUUUAUUAGCUUCGUGCUUCAUCUCAUGGUCAAAUUUUCAUCAACAUAGUGACAUUUCAAGGGAAGAUAAACGACUUUUCGGUGAUGUUCUUCUUCUUGACUGGAGCGAUCUUGUCGGUAGUUUGCCGCCUGUUCUUGAGCUCGAUUCUGCGUGUCGUGUGAUAUCCAAUCCGAACAUUCGGCCCGUAUUCCUCUGCAAUGGACGUCGUGUCGAUGUUGAAGUGAAAUUGUCUGGAAAAGGAAUUGCGCAAGUUCCGUGUGAAUCAUUUUUCUGUGAUAUGAAACUCAUUCCGAGAAUGGAAAGAAGCAGCAGUGAGUUCGGUGUGCAAUGUAGUCAUAAGACCAUAUUAGUGCGUUCGAUCUAA